GGCAAUUCAUUUUGUUCGCUCUAUAACUAUAGCGUCUGUUGUUGCGUGCAAUGCACAAUAUUAAUUAGAAGAUUUGUAAUGUCGACUGCAGAGGAAUUUUAUCCAGAUAUAGAGAAGUGGUGUCGCCUUUGCUUAAGGGAGCUCAAGGAUGCGCACACAAUCUUUGCUGAGGACGACACACAGCUAUCCAUACCGAUGCGCUUGAUGGCGUGCCUCUCCCUGGAGGCAAAGUCAACUGACGGCUUGCCUAAAAAGAUCUGCGGCGAUUGUCGUUACCAGUUGGAGAAGUCGUUUCUAUUUCGCCAGCGCAGUCAGGCGGCUGAUAAAAAACUGCGCAAGCACAUCCGACUGGUCAGUAUGGGGAAAAAGAGCCGCGUCUUUGCCAAGGCAUUGGACAACGAGUCCGACGAGGACGAGCUUGAGUUCGAAGAAUCAAUGGCAUUCAUAGAAAAGCUGGAAAUGCUCGAAAAAAACUCACAAAAAUGGCGGGAAAAGUACAAGCAGGAAAUAGAAAAGGAUUUUGAAAGUCGUCUCAAUGCCGCACGUGAGGAGUUCUGCAGUGCAAUGCGCAAUCAACUGGCCGAAGAGGUGCGAAUUGAUGUGCGUCAGCAACUGCGUGACGAGGUACAAGAGGAAAGCCGCAAGGAGCAGCUCGCCAAGCUUUUGGGUGAACUCGAGGUGUUCUUGACCGAAAAGAAAGCCGGUCUUUGGGAAACACUGGGGGAGCUGCCAGUUCAGGCAAAGCCAAAGAACGAAUCCCUUGAACAAUCAGCACCAGCCCCAGCACCAGCGCCAACCCCUAUAUCCGUGCCAGCAUUGCAGACAACCAAUGAGCAGCGUGUAACCCGAAAACGUGGUCGUAUCUCAUCGCCCGCAGCUCAACAAAAGCGUCAACCCAAAGUAUCGGUUACUGAAAGCGCUGAAUAUGUGCUUGAAACCGAUUCCAAAGUGGAGGUACUCUCGACGGACGAUGCGGACAUGGAGGCUACCGCGCUAGAUGCUAAUGAGAGUUUCCGCGAUAUUAAGAUGGUCGGCGCUGGUGAUGUGGUCACCAGUCAGAAUGGCGAAAUCUAUAUUAUAAAUGCCGCCUCAUCGGCAAAUUCGACGCCCAGCUCCUCGACAGAAUUUCAGCAGGACAAGAACAUCACAUCAUACAACAUUAAGGACAAUGGAGAGAUUCAGUUUACGGACGCCAAGUCUGAGGAAAUGGCGGACGUAAUGGUAUUUAAUCUCGAUGAUGAUGGAGGCGACGAUCAUCAGGUGUAUGAGUUUAACGAAAAUGUCAUAAUAUUGUCGAACGAGAAGGGAAACAGUGAAGGCCUGACAUCAGCUAAAAGCAGAAAAAGUGAUUUUGUUGUAAAACGAGCUCCACGCAGCUCUAAGCCGACUGUUGGACGGGUCAGCGAUACUCUGAAAACGUUUCAGUGUCAGCUGUGUCCCAUUUCGUUUGCCACGGAGAAGACACUGUCGCGCCAUCUGAGCACGCACAUUAAGACGCUGAAGAAUGGAACAGGCGGCGCGCUCAAGUGCCCCGUUUGCCAACUGCAGUUGUCCUGCGCCAGUUCGCUGAAGCGCCAUAUGAUCAUUCAUACAGGUCUUAAGCCAUACAAAUGCGAAGAGUGCGACUUGUCGUUUUCGCAACGCGAGGUACUCAAGCGUCACAUGGACACGCACACGGGCGCGAAGCGUCAUCAAUGCCCCCACUGUGACACUUGCUUCGCUCAGAAGACCAAUUUGCAGCAGCACAUUAACCGCAUGCACCUGGAAGGUGAACGCCAGCACAAGUGCCAUCUGUGCAAGCGCAGCUUCAGUCAUGUGUCGGGCCUGAGUCGUCACCUUGUCGCCCACGCAGGUGUCACGUUUGCCUGCAAGGAGUGUGGCCGUCAGUUUAACGAUCGCAGCGCAGUGCAGCGACACGUCCAGAAUGUCCACAAGGUCAAGGACACCGGCGGAGAUUGCGCAACGGAUGGCAAUGGAAAUGAAGCGGAGUUUGAAUAAGCAUCCAAUCGUAUUUGUACACUCUCUUGACUACUUCAGUUUUUAUCUCGUCAAUUCAAGUAGCAUAAUUUAAAGUAUUUUUAAUUGUAGAUUUUAAACAAUUUGUAAUUUUAUUCGAAAUUCUUUAAGUGCUCAAUUUUAAUUUUGGCACUAAACAAGCACAUUUUCUUUAUUGGUUUGGAACAGUGGAAGAAAGGUAUGCAAAAAAUAAUUGUUUAGCACAUAACACGCAAAUUCUUAUUAACAAAUACAAAUUGGAAAC